AUGAAAGCUAGACAGAUCCCCACAAGCGAGACCUCUCGAGACUGCAUCCCCCGUCCACGCCUCCGUGCCUCGGGGCGCAGCAACUCCGAGCAGCCAAUCUUCAAGUUGCGAGGCGGUCGGAGAGGGAGCUUGCAGAAAUACCGCCCUCGCAUACCCAACCAAUCCGAGCUGAACACGGACGGGGACGGAAAGGACGGCAGUGGCGAGACAAAUAGCAAAUACUCUCGCCAUCCAGCUUCCUCCCCGGCGUCGGAGCACACCUCUAGUAGUCGGCGGCAUCAUCCCGCAACCAACACCGACGAUGCGGCCACGGCGUCUUGGGCGUCCAUGCCCAAGAAACGGCAGCUGGCCCUCCUCGCGUUUGCGCGGCUGUGCGAAACUGCCGUAAACUCCAGCAUGCAGAGCUACAUCUUCUUCCAGCUGCGAUCCUUCAAGCUGUCCGACGGCUCGGUACCGGGCCAUGCCGCCUUGGCAUUCCAAGUGUCCGUCCUCAACGCCGUCGUCGCCGGCCCGCAGCUCUUCACGUCGAUCCUGUGGGGCAGACUGGCCGACUCCCCUCAUAUAGGACGCAAGUGUGUUGUCCUGGUUAGUCUCUUUGGGACCGGUGUCGGCAGUCUGGGGAUGGGCUUUGCAAAUAGCUUCAUGGCAGUUGCGUUCUGGCGGUUUCUGGUCGGCUUGGUCAACGGCAACCGAGGCGUGAUGCGCACCAUGGUCAAGGAGAUUGGCGGGGAUGAGUUCGAGUCGCGUGCCGUUUUGCUGCUGCCAAUGGCCUUGAACGUCGGAACAGUCGUUGGCCCUUUGCUCGGAGGGUUUCUGGCGGAUCCGGCAGCGUCUCAUCCGCGGCCGUUGCAGACCGAGGGUUUCCUACGCGGCAGCAAUGCGGCGCAGUGGCUUCUGAAAUGGCCCUUUGCUCUGCCGAACGUGUUCAACGGAACAUGUAUGAUUGCAUGCGCGGCAUUGUUGACUUUCGGCCUAGAAGAGACGCUCAAAGGGGCCAGGGUCCGGCCGGGAUAUAUCUUGGGCAAGUGGGCAAAGAAUCUCUUUCGGCAAAGGUCCCAACCAUGCUAUACAGCGCUCACAGAAGACGCCGGGCUGGCCAGUCGUGCUUCACGGGGAAAACCCGGUCCAUGCAUCCGCGUGUGGACGCCACGCCUGGCAACAACGCUUCUCGCUCGCGGACUGAUGAUGAUGCACAUCGGCGCCUACCCGUCGCUUCUCCUGGCCUUCAUCUCCACGCCUCGCUACGACGCAUCGAGCAGCUUCGCAACGGGGGAUCAGACCGACGCAAUGGCCAAGGCGUCUCUGCCGGUGCCGCCCAACUACCACCCGAGUGCACCAUUCGUUUUCACCGGCGGGCUCUCUUUCAAGCCGAGCGGCAUCGCCCUGGCCCUCUCCAUCCGAGGCAUCGGCGGCCUCGUCCUGCAGCUCCUAUUGUUCCCAGCCCUGAAGAACGCACUCGGCACCAUCAGGCUAUACCGCUACUCGCUGCUGCUCUUCCCGCUAUCCUACUUGCUCACGCCAUACCUGGCCGUCAUUUCAUCGUCCACGUCGCCGCCUUUGCCGGCAGCCGGUGUUCUGCUAUGGAUCGCCAUGGCGCUUGUCCUGACGAUCCAGACCGUGGCCCGCUCCUUCGCUCUCCCCGCGGCCGCCAUGCUGCUCAACGCCGCAAGCCCGGAUCCGUCUGCGCUCGGCACCGUCAACGGCAUCGGCCAGAGCGUCUCGGCGGCGGCCAAAGCAGUGGGCCCGUUGCUGGCUGGCUGGCUGUACGGCGUGGGACUCAGCUACGGUCUUGUCGGCGCUGCUUGGUGGGCUCUGGCCGCGGUGGCCGUGUCGGCUGCCGUGGCUGGCGGCUGGGCCACGGCGGAAGAGGGCGUCGAAAGCGUUCAGGGGGAGAAGCGCAAAGCUCAGGGCAGCAGAAAGCAUUGGUAA